AUGCGUGAUGUUUCCAGUUACGUAUACUACAAAAAAGUUUCAAAGGAACGUGGGAUCAGUUACCAAGAUGGAAAUUGCAUCUUGCUGGAUCGGCGAUGUCGAGACCGGAGAAAAUCCCGGACUUGCCUUAAAAUCUUCGAGGAAACUCACCGCAUCGUACCGAGGGCCGAGAACGGCGGGGCGGGAGAAAGAGGGAAGAGAAAAGCGGUUGCUACAGGCGUCAGGAUGAAGAUAUCUCGAGGAACACAUGCACUCCAGGGCGGAAUUCCAUCUUUUGACAUGACCAUUUUCCCCGUUUUUGAAGCAAUGCGUGCCCAAAGCCCCUUAUCAUUCUCCUGUCCGGUGUAGAGUUUGUUAGACGACUGGACGGAGAACUGAUAAGGGCCCGAGGGUCACAGAAUCAUCGUGGGACUGGAUACAUCGCAUAACUCUUCGUCCGUCAGAUGCCGAAAGCACGUGGCAGGAACAAUGCAAGCUGUUUAUUCAUCAAUUUGAUUUAUAUUGUAUUAUGAUAAUGUAAUGAUAUUUAAUAAGCGUUGUUAUAUCAAUCGUUAAACCAUAUUCGUAUUUUAUCAAUGAUUUAACAAAUAGACAAGAAGUAUUUUUAUAAGUAUAAUUACAUUUAUUUAAUUAAUGGAAGAAUGAA